AUGUUGAUUGUAGAUUGUGGAACUCUUCCCUCGAUUAGCGACGGAUCUGUGCGUCUUGAUUCAACAACCACUACGUUUGGGUCAACCGCAACUGUUUCGUGUAAUGUUGGAUAUGAUCCAAGUGUGGCGACAAUAAGAUGCCAGGCGUCAGGUGCUUGGGAUUUAGCCGCAUGUACGAUUAAAGAUUGUGGAACUCUUCCCUCGAUUAGCGACGGAUCUGUGCGUCUUGAUUCAACAACCACUACGUUUGGGUCAACCGCAACUGUUUCGUGUAAUGUUGGAUAUGAUCCAAGUGUGGCGACAAUAAGAUGCCAAGCGUCAGGUGCUUGGGAAUAUGCAGCAUGUACAAUUAAAGAUUGUGGGCUUCCACCAUCGGUAAGUCAUGGAUCUGUGGUUCUUGAUUCCUUAACCACGACAGUUGGUUCAACAGCUACAGUGUCGUGUGCUACCGGUUAUGUCGUCAGCCCUAAAAAUACAAUCACCUGCCAGGUAUCAGGUGGUUGGGAAACAUCUACAUGCAAAGGAUGUCCAGCAGGAUGGACCUUGUUCGGAGUUAGCUGCUAUAUUUACAGUGAUAACUUACCUGUAGUAUCUACAAACUGGAAUGAUGCUCAGGAUGAAUGCAUUAAGGUCGGUGGAGAUCUUGUUGAAAUUACAAGCGAUGUCGAGCAAGGAUCCAUAAAUAUUCUAUUGUCGGACGAUGAAGACCGAACAGGUACAUGGAUUGGGCUGAACGAUAUGUCUGUGGAAGGAAAAUAUAUCUGGGUUUUAUCCGGAAAUACUGUUAGUUUUACCAACUGGCAAUCAGGCGAACCGAACAACGUGUCCAACGAAGAUUGUAUUAUAGUGAACUCAGAGAACUACUGGGUCGAUAUUCCCUGCGGCUGGAACCGAAAAUAUAUUUGUGAACAGUCAGCUAUUGCUAAUGUGUAACAAAGAAAAGAAGUGGACAGGAAAUGACCGGACAAGCACCUAGAUUUUUGUUGGAAACUUCAACUUCUACUACAAACUGAACCAUAGAUUUACCUUAUUUUUAUCAUUAUUUUCCGUGAUAUUGUCAUAAUGACACAAAUUCGAAAACAAACUAAAUGAAGAGUAUUCAAAAGUUAUCAACAACAAAUAAACAUCAGACGAAAAAAAAUCUGUCUGAAAAAAAGUUUGAAUUCUGAAAUAAACUGUAAAAGUCUUACAUAUGUAUUAAAUUUCUGAAUUAGGAAACAGACUAUAGCACAUUACGUGUGUGACUUGUAUGUAAAACUUGAAAUUAUUAAAGUGCAAACACUGAGCAUAGUUCAAUCGUUUGUUUUCUAUAGCCUACUGAUGGAAAUUUAAUCCCAACGAACAAGUAAAAUUCACAUUUAUUUUAUGUUCAAAAGUUGAAAUCCACGAAUUCAUAUCUCCACGAAAUUGCCGUUUUGACCAAAACCACGAAAUUUCAUGCCCACGAAAUUA